AUGCCUCAGGAAGCUUCAAAGAUCUCCGAUCCCGACACGACCGCCGCAGCAGCCGAAGAGGUCAUUGCCGAGACCAGCGAACAGCAAGAAGCCCAUGCAUCUGAAGAUGAGAGCGGUGACGAAGCUACAGAAACAGUAGAGGGUGGAGAGGGUGCAACAGAGAAGAAGAAAAAGAGCAGGAAGCGCAAGAUCAAGGAUGCGAUCACUGGCAAGGGAAAGGCGCCUGAAGCUACGGAUUUGAAUGCGCCGGCAAGUGGACAGCUGGGCAAGGACCAGAUGAGCAUGCUGCUGGACGCCAACCCUGCGCUGAAGAACCAGCUCCUGUCCAAAGCAAACAACAAGGCAGAGCUGGAACAGAUGAUCAAGAAGCUCAACAUCAGCGAGAUGUUGACUGGACUAGCGCCUCAGGGCGCAACAAAGGACAUGGCAGACCAUGCUUUCUGGAAGACACAGCCCGUACCCAGCUUCGACGAGAUGUCAGCAAAGGAGCGCAUACCCGAUGGUCCAAUCAAGGAGAUCGACAUUGAGAAAGUGGACAGAAAUCCAAGCCCAAUGUACCCGGGCUUCGAGUGGGUUACCAUGGACCUUGAGGAUACGAAGCAACUGGACGAGGUGUACGAUCUGCUCACAAACCACUACGUCGAGGAUAAGGAUGCCACAUUCCGCUUCAAAUACUCGCCAUCCUUCCUGAACUGGGCUCUGAAGGCGCCCGGCUGGAAGAAGGAGUGGCAUGUUGGUGUUCGCGCAACUGCUUCGGGCAAGCUAGUCGCGUUCAUCUCAGGCAUUCCGAUUCAGCUGCGUAUACGUGAGAAGGUACUCAAGUGCUCAGAGGUUAACUUCCUCUGCGUCCACAAGAAGCUCCGUUCGAAGCGACUAGCUCCAGUUCUGAUCAAGGAAAUCACUCGUCGUUGUUACGUCGAGGGUACCUUCCAGGCAGUGUACACUGUCGGAUCACUUUUGCCCACACCUGUCUCGACGUGCCGCUACUUCCACCGUGCUCUUGAUUGGGAGAAGCUAUACGACGUCGGCUUCUCGCCUCUACCGCACGGCAGCACGAAACUGCGCCAGAUCAACCGCUAUAAACUACCAGAUACCACAUCAACACCAGGACUGCGACAGAUGGAGUCCAAAGAUGUGGAUGCCGCACUCGACCUCCUCAAGCGCUACCUUGAACGUAUGGACAUGGCUCAGGUAUUCGAUAAGACCGAAUUCGAACACUGGAUCUGCCCGAAAGAGAAGCCAAAAGAGCAGGUCGUAUGGAGUUACGUUGUCGAAGACCCUAACACGCACAAGAUCACGGAUUACUUCUCUUUCUACAACCUAGAGAGCACCGUUAUCGGGAACAAGAAGCAUAACACUAUCAAGGCCGCUUAUCUCUUCUAUUACGCGUCUGAAGUUGCAUUUGCGAAGGACGAAGACAAGCUGAAGACGAGGCUCAAUUCGCUAAUGAAGGAUGCUCUGAUCCUUGCGAAGAAGGCCGACUUCGAUGUCUUCAACGCACUGACCCUCCUUGACAACCCGCUCUUCCUCGAAGAACAGCGCUUUGGUGCAGGUGAUGGCUCGCUCCACUACUACUUGUACAACUACCGCGCUGCGCCUAUCACAGGUGGUAUCGACAGCAGGAAUCAAUCGAGCAUCAAGCAUAUGGGUGGUAUCGGCUUGACCAUGUUGUAG